UCACUACUGUGUUUUAUUACGUGCUGUGAUUAUUGAAGAUUUGAGGUUCGUGGUUCGCCGUGUGUGAGAAAUAAACAAAAAGAACUUUUAUAGUACGUCAAAAUGAGUGAAUUAGUUUGGGGAAUUAAAAACGGCGAUAUUGAUCAAGUAAAGGACAUCGUUGAACAAAAGAAAAUUGAUGUGAACGCUCUCAUCGAUGGACGUGUUCCUCUACAUUAUGCUGCAGAUUACGGCCAAACAGCUGUUGUAAAUUAUUUAUUAGACAAAGGAGCUGAUCCCAAUAUGGUUGACAAACAUGGAAUAUCUGUGAUUCUUGCAGCUAUAUGGGAAGGUCAUACUGAGUGUGUUAAGACAUUACUAAAACAUGGAGCCUCUAAAAAUGGCAAAACCCCAGAUGGCACACCAUAUAUUGAAGCUGCUGAAAAAGAGGAGAUUAAAGAGCUCUUAACAUAGAAAAACCCAAAAAUCAUUUAAGUUAAGUUUAAAUUCGCUCAGUCAAAUUUUUUGAAAGCUAUAAUCAGUUACUAAAUUAAUGAUCAUAAUAUAAUUUUAUUAUUAUUUACAUUUAUAUUGCGAUUAAAUUAUAUUAUCAUAGUCUCAACAUUUUAUUAUGAAUUAAGAAACAUAGUUAUGUAUUAUGACUGCGUCCAUUAGUACUAUUUGUUUAUAUUACUAACAAAUACUCUUUAAGUCAUAUGAACUAACAAAUUGCAUGAAAUAUUUUGAAAUGCAUUUAUGAUUUUGCGUUUAUAGCAUUACUUUACUUUUAAAGGCCUACUCUAUACUCUAAAUGCAAAUAAUUUAUUUUAUAUAUUAUAAUGGAGAGAAGGCAUCAUGAUAAAGGGAGUAAUUUUUAUUGCUAAAAUAAAAACGUGAUAUAAUUA